UUGUCUAUUGCCGCUACUGAAGAAUUGUUAGGAUAGGGUGGGCUGAGUGACAGUUGUUUUUCGACCCUCCCCCACUCUUUGGCCGGACUAUGUUUGAAUGGGGGGACCUUGCAGCAAGCGCUGGGCAUUGUCGUGAUGAAAAGAAAUCGAGCAAAGUAUGGGCUUUUCGCUCCUUGGCGAUGGUCAGUAGUUGUGUACUCGGUCCCCCCUGGUGUGCCAAAAAUGCGCAUGCCCAAUGCGGUGACGCCGCAGCUCCAUGUGUGAGAAGCGCAUUAUUUGGCAACCGGAGAAGCAACGGGGAGGGUUAGUAAAAGGGUAUCCCCAGGAUUUUUUUUACGCCGAAUUACGGGGGUAAAUAGUUACCCAGACCGCUAGGAAGACGCAAAGAAAUACGGUGCCGCGCCACCUCUACUCCGCAAGAUGCUCUAUAGCUACAGCAUGUGUACGCCUUCAAAACUCACCUGUUUGAGCCUGUCUCAUUGUUCCACAAUGCUGGCCUCUACGCGUGCUACAAGAGCGCUAGGACCUAUCACCUGGAACCAUGCGGGCACUUGUGCUGUAGAAACCUGGAGAAGCUCAUCCUACCCCCAGUGAAGUCAGUUGUGUUUCAUGGUGUGGAGAUGUCGGAGGAGGCGGUGCGCCAGACACGCAGUCAGAAGCGGGCCCUGGAGCGGGACAGCCUGCCGGGGGACGGGGACAGUAAGAAGGUGAAGCUGGAGAGGGGGGAGCUGAAGAGCGAGCCAGGCGGGGCCGCCGACGGCCCGGGGGUCAAGGUGAAGGUGGAGGCGGGGGCGGGGGCCAAGGUGCCCAGCCUGCUGAAGACCGGGGAGGUGAAGGCCACCAUCAAAGUGGAGCUGCAGACGGACGAGCCGGUCGACAUGAGCACGUCCAAAAGUGACUUCAAGAAGGAGAGACGCCCGCCGUCGCCCGAUGAUGUCAUAGUGCUGUCGGAUAACGAGCCCUCCAGCCCCCACAUGAACGGGCUGGCCUGCCCCAAGGAGACGGACACAGAUGUUCUCAUGAAGAGCAGUCCGGACGAGCGGGAGCGCAUCAUUAAGCAGCUGAAGGAGGAGCUGCGUCUGGAGGAGGCCAAGCUGGUGCUGCUGAAGAAGCUGAGGCAGAGCCAGAUCCAGAAGGAGAGCUCGCUGCAGAAGACCACAGGAUCGUCCGGUUCUGUGGCCACUCCCCCUCCGCUCGUGAGGGGCAGUAACUCCAGCAGCAAAGGGCCUCUGCAGGUGUCGUCAGGACGGAGUUCGGGCGCGGUCAUCCCGCCCCCGUUGGUGCGGGGCGGGCAGCAGGUGUCGUCCAAGCUGGGCACGCAGAACGCGCAGAUCGUCAUGCCCCCCCUGGUGAGAGGGGCGCAGCAGAUCCACACCCUGCGGCAGCAGCAGCAGGCCCAGCACGCUGGCUCGGGCCCGCCCCCCCUGCUGCUGGCCCCCCGCGCCUCCGUGCCCAACGUGCAGGUGCAGGGCCAGAGGAUCAUCCAGCAGGGUCUGAUCCGCGUGGCCAACGUGCCCAACACCAGCGUGCUGGUCAACAUCCCGCAGGCCUCCCCCACCAGCCUGAAGGGCUCCUCCAUCACCUCCCAGGCGGGGCUGGCCAGCGGCGUGACCACGGUCAACGCCAACGACUCCCCGGCCAGCCGCCAGGCGGCCGCCAAGCUGGCGCUGCGCAAGCAGCUGGAGAAGACCCUGCUGGAGAUCCCGCCCCCCAAGCCCCCCGCCCCCGAGCUCAACUUCCUGCCCUCGGCCGCCAACAACGAGUUCAUCUACCUGGUGGGGCUGGAGGAGGUGGUUCAGAACCUUCUGGACACACUGGGCAAGGGGAAGCAGCAGGCGGCGGCGGCGGCGGCGGCCACGGCCACGGGGAGCGUGACUCCGCCCCCCAAGGACCCGUACACCUGCGCCCAGUGCAAGACGGACUUCACGUCCCGCUGGCGGCAGGAGAAGGGCGGCACCAUCAUGUGCGAGCAGUGCAUGACCUCCAGCCAGAAGAAGUCCCUGAAGGCGGAGCACACCAGCCGGCUGAAGGCCGCCUUCGUCAAGGCCCUGCAGCAGGAGCAGGAGAUCGAGCAGCGCAUCCUCCAGCAGACGGCCUCCUCCCCCGCCGCCAAGACGGGCCCCUCCUCCUCGUCCUCUUCGUCCUCCUCCUCCUCCUCGGUCUCGGCGGCGAAGGCCGAGCAGCAGGCGCUGGUGGCGCAGCAGCUGAAGCAGGCCAGGGCCUCGGCCCUGCAGCAGCACAGCCGCGGGACGCCCGUCGGCCGCCACCACUCCGCCAUCAAACCGAGCCCUGGUCAGAUGUCCCGGAGCGUGCAGCCCGUGGGGGUGCGGGGGGUCCCCCACACGUACGCGCCGUCCUCGCAGCUGCAGAACGCCGUGACGGCGGCGGCGCUGGUCAGCAGGCCAGGUAAGCAUGCCAUGCGUGCAGGGGCAAAGGUCAACAGCAGCAGUAACCCCGCCCCCGGAGCCUGGAGGAAGCAGAACACCGUGACCACAGGGGUCACCAUGGCCUACGUGAACCCCAGCCUCUCGGUGCAUAAGACCUCCUCGGCCGUGGAACGCCACCGCGAGUACCUCCUGGACAUGAUCCCCUCCCGCCCCAUCUCCCAGACAGCGAACACGUGGAAAUAAUGCUAACACCUCGUAUUAUUAAUGAGAAUAAUAGUAAUAAUCGCCAUUAUCACCAUAAUUACAAUAGACAGCUCCUGGACUCCAGCCGGGGACAGCGAACUUACCGACCAAUGAACGAGGGGGGAGGCAAGGGGAAACGCUCCCCGCCUCGUCCCUUCCCCUCGCCCUCCCCCUCUUUUUCUCUCUCCUUUUCCAAGCCUUUCGCCUCAGUGAGGGAGCGCUAAAACGUUGUGCAGGGACAGCGAUUCACUUGUGGGGGCCGCGGGGGGGACUUGCGUACGGAAACGGAGGGGCCUGAUGAGGCUUCUCCUUCUUUCUCCCUGCCCCCCCCCCCCCCCCCCCCCCUCGUCCUCAAAUCUGUGCUGCAGUAAGGCCGUUGGGGCCUAGUCACACUCCCUCGAGUUUGGGGCGGGGGCCCCAACCGCCAGGACAGCGACGUCGCACAGCUCGAACAAUAUGCGCGUUACUACAGCAAUCCUCCCAAUCUGGACAAUGAAAGACUCCACUGCGCCCCCUCUGGCCACAAGAGGAAUGGCCGGAGGCGGGGCCGCAGGUAAAAUGGCAGGGAUUGUGGUUGAGGUUAGUGGACUGUCUUUACGGAAUUCUAGAUUGCUUCAGCUUUGCAACAAAAAAAAUAAAUAAAAAAUAAAAAUAAAAUUAAAAAAAUAAAUAAAUAAAAAGGCAAAAAAAUAUAUAUUGACAAACACAACCGCUUCCUAUGUUAAACCAACAGUGUGCAAAGCAGAGGAGCAGGUUUGUGUUUUAAGAGGUUAUUUUGUAUGGCUGAAUGUUUUUUUUUCCCCCUUUUUCUAUAACAGUAGUCAUACACCAUGUGGAUGGAUAUUUUCCCCCUAUUCUUAUAACUGGACUUUUAGGUCUGGGUUUAAGUCAUGUCAAUGUUGAGGUGGUUUUACAUCUGCUGGUGUGGUGUUGGAUUUAAUUAUUUUUGUCUAGAAUUUCUGCAACUUGCAAGGAAAAAAAGAAAGUAGUACUCUUGCAAAAAAAAAUACAAUUUGAGUACAUCAGGGAGAGAAAUGAAUCUUGAAACUAUGUUGCAUAAAUGGAUUUUUUUUUUUUUAAAGCCCUAGAGGCGUAAAUAAGCUCAAGGGUGAGGAUGGCAUCAAAAUAAUUUUACUUUUAGUCUUAGGUUGUUGUUUUUUUUUUUUUUUCUUCUUUCUCUCUUUAGGCUUUUUUUCCCCUCUGGGUACCAUUUUAUGGGUCACUGUAGUCAGAGGAAUUGUACACAUGUCUAUCAUGCCCUGAGUUUUAUCCAGCUCCAGAUUUGUUCUGUUACAUGUCCAGUAGUUCCUGUACUCCCUUUGGUUAAUUAAAAGACUGGACGCCAUUCAGAAUGUAGUUGUGUGAACCCUAGAAAGUAAAGGAAUAUUAAUCUGAUGCAAUGGAUAUUCAUCCCAGACAUUUAUCAUGUUCCUGAUGUAGCAAAGUGUUUUUUUUUUUUUUUUUCUUUUUCUUCACCUGCGCAAUGCCGACCGUUUUGACCAGUUGCAUCGCACAGCGUGACAGUUCCCAGAGCGGUUGGAGCAGUGACGUCACCCGUUGGGGCACGUGGAAGCCCUCCCACCCUCCCAGCGGAGAACAUUAAAGGACCUCGCUUAUGAGGAACUGCUAGAUAUUCACCUUGCGGUUUAUUACACUGGAGCCUGCAUAUGUUAGGUUUGGUUUUACCUGCUUUCAGUUUAUCGAAUACUACUAAGCCAAAGGAAACAAAACGCUCCCAGGCUUAAUGUGGUCAAGCUUAAUUUCUAGGGCAACUUAUUUUUAUUUUAUUUUUUUGUGGUCCUUAUCUCAGUUAACGUGGUCAAAAAACAGCCCCUUUACUCUUUUUGAUGGUUGCGUGGAAAAAAAAUGACACCUGAGUUGGGCGAUGGUGUACUUUUUUCAACCGUCCAGGUUGUUCAACGUGUGUAACACAUCCUGGGGGUCUCUGGUCAGCAUAGCUCUGCAGACGCUUGCUCGCACGACGUCAGAUCGCUCUCUUCCGUUUCGCUUUUGUUCUGUUCUGCUGUAGGUGAAUUUUUUCCCCCUUAAGUUGCAUGGAAAAUUGCAGACCAUUUCUUGUUUUAAUCAUUCUGUAGACAACCCUUAUGUUUUCCGUCGCCGCCACUACUUCAGACCACAGAAAGAGGUUGGGAUUUGUCAGCCGUUGCCCAGUCCCUGCUCGCGCAGAGUUGAGGCGACCGCGAGCCCCCGUUCCAGGCUGCUUCUGCAGCGGCCGUUUCGCUGUCCUGACUGCUGCCUCCUGCCGUCUGACAAACUAACACCAUUCCGUUUUCCUGGGGUACUAGUACUGUUUACUGCAUCGUACCCCUCCUAGUGGAUUGUACAAGUCAUGUUCCAGUUUGUUUUUGGUUUUUUUUUUUCCUGCUCUAUCAAGUAAUAAAACUAAUUUUAAUCCCUU